AUGUUAAAUGAGAAACCUACUAUUAGUUCUACUUUUACGACAAGUGAUAGUUUACCUGCACCAGCAAUCGAUUAUCACGGAACAAAUGUAGAAAAGUGCGAUGAAUAUGUCCAACAACCAAUAUUUACGGGAAAUAUAGACCAUUCUUUUGUUGGAAACUUUUUAGGCAACAUAAGUUUGACGGGUUAUGGAGAUGAAGGAGUACAUUUUGUCUUUCUUAAUAUAAACGUCAAAAAUGAAUUAUUGAAUCUGAAUGAUUCCAAUCAAGAAACAUCCUUUAGGAUGACUGCUUUUGAUUCAGAAGACACGCAGAGUAAUGCCCCAAUAACUCCAUUUGAAGAAUCACUUUUCUAUCUAAAUAAAUACACCGUAGCUGAAAAUUUUAUAUAUAAGUUUGGAUUCUCUAGAAAAUUCAGAAAAACGCUAUUUCCAUCACUUUUAACUUACAUCGGUUUCGCAGGAACGUACUUUACGAAACCCUAUAUUGAAUCAAUUAUGCAGAGUGCUCCGAUGAUUUCUUCAAAUCCGAACUAUUUAACGGUUCGGAUUAGUCCAAGAAGCUUUAUCAUAGAAGAGGAACAGGAGCAAAGGAGUGGUAGUGUUAUAAACAUAUUAGGAAAUAUUGCUGCUUUGUAUAGUUCUAUUGUGUUCAUUUAUGUAUUUUUAUUUGGUGUUGAUUCAAUGAGGCCAUGGGGGGUUAUACAUAAAGGAUGCUGCGGCUUCAGAAGAAUCGAAGAGAAGACAAAAGAAAAGCUCUCACAAAGUGUGCAACCGCCUGAUUUAGAAGAUGGUUUAGAUGGUUUAGAAAAAAGAAUCUUAUAUUUGGAAACAUUUAAACGCUUUAUUGAAAAAAAUGUUAUUGACGCUUCUUUAUUAGAAUCCAUUGAGAAACAACAAGCUAAUGAAAAUAUCAUUAUAUAA